UAUGUGAGAAGACGUCACCCACCAUUUUUAUUGGGCGUGUGAGGUCGCGGAGUAUAUGGAGCAAACCAUUUCCUUUUAAUUCAACGGAAAUAUUAAAAAAGACAUCAUGUUUUUUGUUCGAAAUAGUGCCUUAAUAACAUUACUUGUUGGGUUUGUGUUUGGACAACAUAACUUCGAUAAUGUGGAGUUGGGGCAGGAAAUGGUUUGGUGUGCUACCAACGAACCUGAGAUGUACAAAUGUCGAAACUUUACUGUAGCACUUGAACGAGAUCAGGCAUUGUUCAACAAUUAUUUCCUAAAUGUAUCCUGCCACUUUGGGUAUGAUCAAGAUGAAUGCAUGCGCCUCAUCGACGAGGGAAAGGCACACGCCAUGAUGUUGGAUGCUGGGGAAGUUUACACUGGAGGCCGUCAUCAUUCGUUAGUUCCAAUCAUGCAAGAGGGAUACGAUGGUGGAUUUACACAGUAUCACGCAGUUGCGGUUAUCAAAAAAGAUACUCUCCAUGAUGUCUCCAAUCUGAGGCAAUUGAAAGGGAAGAAGGCUUGCUUUGCAUGGGUCGGAAACCAUGCUGGAUGGACACUACCUAUAUACACGCUCCAACGUGAAGGUGGCAUGGACAUAACAGAUUGUAAUAAUCACGUCAAAACAGCAACCGACUUUUUUGGACCUUCAUGUGCAGUAAACGCCUUAGUGGACAAAUACAAUCCAAUAGGAGAUAACUCUGACAAAUUAUGCUCGUUGUGCGUUGGAAAAGUUCCAGGAGAGAAAUGUACUCCUAAAGAUCCAUACAUGGGAUUUGAAGGCGCUUUCCGUUGCUUAUUGGAGGCAGGCGAAAUUGCAUUUCUCAAACAUACUACAGUGAAUGAAAUGGUUAACAGUGGAUUAAUUCACGGAGUUACAGCAGAUCAGUUUGAACUUCUCUGUAAGGAUGGAUCGAGACAACCAAUAUCUGAAUAUCGUCAAUGUCACUGGGGCUUGGUGCAAUCACAUGCACUUGUGGUGUCUUCUGCCAGAACAAAUGCUGAACGUAGACGCUAUAAGAAAUUUUUCACGCAGGCAGUUAACUUGUACGCAUCGAAAUCGAAGGGUUUCAAUGGAACCAAUGUAGUAGAUGAUAGAUAUCGUAAUCAAAAUAAUCCCUACAAUAACAACCGAUUCGACGCUGGACGUUCCGAUGACAGAUAUGAUAACCGAUUUUAUACUUCGACGACUGAAAGAUUUGAAUAUGAUAGAUACGAGGAUCGUCAAAAUAAUGAGACACAAUUUUAUGAAAAGUUUGACUUAUUUGAAUCCAGACGAUACGGAAAGCGUCUUAAUCUCAUGUUCCAGGAUACUACUCGUUAUUUGGCUCCUAUAGAUGAAAACAAUCAGAAUUUCCAGAACUACCUUGGAUCAGCUUUGGAUCAAAUCUACGGCGUACGAGCUUGCCCUGUGAGUAGAAUGACACUAUGCGUCACAUCAGAUGCAGAAAUGGAUAAAUGCAUUAAAAUGAGGACAGCGUUGAAAGCCCAACUCAUCAAACCGGAGAUGUUGUGCCUCAAAGCUCAUUCUCAUAUAGAUUGUAUGCGACAUGUAAAUUCCGGACAAGCCGACGUUGUUGUUUUAGAUGCAAGUGACGUCUAUACUGGCGGUUUGAAGUAUGAUCUACUACCGUUCAUGUCUGAAAUUUAUGAUCUUGGCCAACCUGAAUACUACGUGGUAGCUGUAGCAAAGGAAGAAGAUCCGGAUACCGAAUUGACAUAUUUAAGAAAAAAAAAUACCUGUCAUUCGGGAAUAAAUACUGCGGCUGGAUGGGUGUAUCCAAUGGCUUAUCUCAUAUCCAAUGGAUGGAUUCGACCCUAUGGCUGCGACAGUAUUCGGGCUGCUGCGGAGUAUUUCACUAAAUCCUGUGUGCCUGGAGCGAUUAGUAAUGAGUACAAUACCGGCGUCCCUUAUGACAAUUUGUGUGAUUUGUGUCGCGGGAGUAGCUUCCGAUAUUGUCGACGCGAUGCUUCUGAGGAUUACUACGGAAGCACUGGUGCUUUCCGAUGUUUAGUUGAGGGUGGCGGCCACGUAGCAUUUGUCAAACAUACAACAGUUUUGGAAAACACCGGUGGCAAAAAACGUGAGUGGUGGGCCAGAAAUACUCUGCCUGACGAUUUCGAGCUUUUAUGCCCGGACGGAACGCGUGCCGAAAUUAAUGAAUACAAGCGAUGCAACCUUGGUAAAGUGAAAGCGAACGCCAUUGUAACGAGAGGAGGUCACAAUUACAAUGCUACGCAAUUAAAUGCUUACAUCAAUUUAUUCACGUAUGCUCAACAAUUCUACGGAAGAAGAGACGCCAACGAGUUCAGCUUCAGUUUGUUUUACUCUAAUCCACCGUAUCACGAUUUAAUUUUCUCCGAUGCAACACGGGAGCUGCGUCUCAUUCCGGGUGACAGGCGCUGGUUUGACGCAUAUCUUGGUGCGGACUUCUUGCGAGCACGACGAAUCACUGACUGUCAUGCAGGCUUUUACACGUCGUCUACGCUACGCUGCUCUGGUUUGUUGAUCCCUUCCGACUAAUAGGAGUUGUCCAAAUCUGAAAAAUAACCAUUCGUUUCUGCAAUCAUCUCCUCGUUUGAAGAAAACCUUUUUCCCGCUAGUGAUUUCUUCAAAUUGGGGGAAAAAUAGUAAUCCGAGGGAGCCAAAUCAGGAAAAUAGGAGGGAUGUGAAACGAAUUGGAACCCUAUUUCUAUUAAUUUUACGACCACAACUGUUGAGGCGUGUAGCUGGUGCGUUGUAGUGAUGGAAAAACAAAAUCCUCGACAUCCUCGAAUUCAAACGUAAGAUGCUAUCAACUCAACAUAACGAUAUGCGCCAGGAUUGUCAUCUAUCUGAUCUUGCACGGAACGACUCUCGUAUAUUCACGUCAAAUGCAGCAACAGCAGGCAGAUAAUGAAGGCACUGUAUUUUCACUGGGUGGUUGCAGUGAAAACAAGCACAUAACAAGAAACGCCUGAAAAUCGAGAAGUUGAAUUAGAACAAGGGUACCACUGAAACAGGACUCAACUUUUUGGUGAAACGAAGCAUUCCGCUGUCUGUUUCAACACUAGAAGACGCACUCAGAGAGUAAAAACGGAUGAAGACAUUAUAUAGAGAAAUGUGAAAUAAAAUUGAACAUGUCAAAUUGCAUAAAGAGCUACUUAAAGUACUUAAACGCGGAAGAAAUUCCCUGGAGAAACCAUACCAUAACGAGAUGGCGGGGAUCAUAGGUCCAACGAUACCGGGUGAAUCGUUAUCAUGGACAUACUCUUCUCAAAGCACGACCCAAUGAUGUGGCUAACUACACCAUAUAACGUAGAAGUAGGCGAACGUGUGU